ACCAACAUUAUUCUUGACCUUUUUCAAACUACCUAAAACAUCAAAAUUUCAAGAUUAAACCACCACCCCAAAUCUUAAAAACCAAACUACUGUCAUGGUACGGUCAUCAACCUCUAGCAAGGAUUCACCGGAGAUCGAAAUCAAUGUCGAUAGCACCCCUUCGUCGUUGCCUCCCCACCACCCUCCUCCCCCUCAUCAGAAUCAAAACCAACAAAUUUCCGAAGAAUGGUUUCCAUGGCUAGUUCCGCUUAUUUUUGUUAUCAACGUCGUUCUUUUUGUAGCCUCGAUGUAUAUCAACAACUGCCCGGCCCAUUCUACAAGUUGCAUUGGCUCGGAUAUCCUUCAUCGGUUUGCCUUUGAAAAUGUUCAUGAAAACCCCCUUCUUGGCCCUUCCACCACCACGUUGCUAAAAAUGGGGGCAUUGGAUGCAAAUAAAGUGAACCAAGAAGGACAACGAUGGCGGAUUGUUACUUGCAUGUGGUUACAUGCUGGCUUGUUCCAUAUUUUCGCGAAUAUGUUGAGUCUUCUAGGUGUUGGAAUUCGUCUCGAGCAGGAGUUUGGAUUUAUAAGAAUUGGAUUGCUUUAUGUAAUUUCCGGGCUUGGUGGUAGCUUGUUGUCGUCGUUGUUUAUCAGAAAAUCGAUCUCUGUUGGUGCAUCCGGAGCCCUGUUUGGUUUACUUGGAGCAAUGCUUUCCGAACUAGUUACUAAUUGGUCUGUUUACGCGAAUAAGUUGACAGCAAUAACGACGCUUAUUCUCAUGAUUGUGAUAAACCUAAUGGUCGGGAUCCUCCCACACGUGGAUAACUUUGCCCACAUAGGAGGAUUCGUUACAGGGUUCUUGCUCGGGUUUAUUCUUUUGGCUCGACCACAGUUUGAUUGGAUUGUCCCCCCUGGUUACUAUGGGCACCCUAUGAAACCACAAUACAAGUUAUAUCAAUGCAUUUUACUCGGUCUCUCUGUAAUAGCUUUAUUUGCGAUAUUUACAACCGGAUUCAUACUCCUUUUCCGUAAAGUUGAUGGAAACGAUUAUUGUUCUUGGUGUCAUUAUCUAAGUUGUGUGCCUACGCCUCUAUGGAGCUGUGAUCCGCAAUGCAACGAAAGAAGGAAAGGAUGCAUAUGAGAAAUUUUUGGGUGGG